AUGGGGAUCCAGUUCGCGCCUCUCAACAUCCCGCUGGCGCGGCGGCUGCAGACCUUGGCCUCGCUGCUGUGGGUGGUUAUCUUCGUAGUCAUCGCACAGGCAUGCAUUGGAAUCUUUGUGAUCCUGGUAAUAUACAACUACUGGUUCCUCUACAUCCCUUACUUGACGUGGAUGUCCUUUGACUGGUAUACCCCAGAGAAAGGAGGCAGGAGGCUCGACUGGGUCAGAAACAUGAUCGUGUGGAGGUACUUGAAGGAGUAUUUUCCCAUUCAUCUCAUCAAAACUCAGGACCUGGAUCCCAGUCAUAACUAUAUAUUUGGGUUUCACCCCCAUGGCGUGCUUGUUGCUGGAGCCUUUGGAAAUUUUUGUAACAAUCACUCGAGCUUCAAGGAGCUGUUCCCUGGCUUCACGAUGUAUCUUCACACACUGUCAUACUGGUUCAGUUUCCCCUUCUUCCGAGAAUUCAUGCUGAGCCUAGGUACUGUCUCAGCUUCUAAGAGGAGUUUAUCGCACAUAUUGAGUAAGGAGGGAGGUAGAAACAUCUCAACCAUCGUUAUCGGGGGUGCCAAAGAAUCAUUAUAUGCCCAUCCUGGGAAUUUCACUCUGUACCUCCUCCAUCGGAAAGGAUUUGCUAAAGUGGCUUUGACCCAUGGCGCCCAUUUGGUCCCAGUGUUUUCUUUCGGGGAAAAUGAUGUGUUCAAACAAGUCAGCAACCCAAAAGGCUCUUGGCUCCGGACCGUGCAGGAUAAACUCCAGAGCAUCAUGGGGUUUGCUCUUCCCCUGUUCUAUGGCAGAGGGAUUUUUCAGUACAAUUUUGGCUUUGUUCCCUAUCGGACACCUAUUCACACUAUUGUUGGCCGUCCCAUCCCUGUCCAGCAGACGGAGAAUCCCAGCCAAGAGCAGAUUGAUGAGCUGCACCGGACCUAUCUGGAAGAACUAGGGAAGUUAUUUGAGGAGCACAAAGGGAAGUAUGGUGUUCCUGAGCACGAAACUCUCACUUUUAAAUAAAGACGCGUGAAGAAGAGAGACCAGAGGCUGAGCGAAUAGUAGCCUACGGAGAGAAGAAUCAUUUUAAAGAAGCACAUCUUUUUUUUUUCUUUUCCCCACCUUUGACUGUGGAUGCAAAUUCGCAACUGAAAAGUAGUGUGUCUGGUGAUAGAUGUUGUUGGUGGGAAAUACAAGUAGAGUGGUUAACUGUCGGUUAAGGUUAGAGAUAAACCUUUUCAUCGCUUCUUCCUCAGUUAAGCAGUUAAAAUCAUUUUACAGGUUAAGAAGAGACUUAAGGAUCAGAGAAAUGGUACAGGGGUUAAGGUGUUUGUCUUGACAACUACGGGUUCAAUACCCAGUACCACAUAUGGUUCUUUUCAGCAGUGCCAGGAGUGGUCCCUGAGCAACACCGGGUAUGAGCCAAAAUAGCACCUAC